GAGUGCAGAGUAUAUAUAUCACACAGCUGUGAGCUGACACUCCACUCAUCAUCUCCACACACACCUGCAGCCAAUCAAGAACCUUAGUGUUCCUUUUCACCAGCCAAUCAGCAUCCUCACUGAAACCAUGUCUCAAAGCAAAGAUAUGCAGACCUUCUCACCGGUGCUUUCUCCGAGCUUCAUUGCGGACCUCCUGCCUGCUGCGGAGAGGACUGCACUGCUCUUCCAGCUGUCUUACCUCUACCUGGCCGGAUUCACAGAGCUGGAGAAGAUGAUUCGAGAGAGAGCGCUGAGCGCCAGACUCCUCUUUGUGUCUUCAGAGAAAGUCAUGUUUAAGUGUCUGUGCACCAGUGACAACCUGGUGAAGACCCUCUUCCCCAUUCUCAAAGUAGCUGUGCAGAAGUGCAGGGUAGAUAUGGCGAAGACGUAUUUGGCAAAGGCCCAAGACUGGAUUACGGAGAUCAUCGAAGACGCUCAGAAGAUGGUGGACGGGUAUACAAACGAAAACAAGGAAUUGAGUAACAGCACUAGUACCAUCUACGAGAAAAAAGAAGAGAAGCGCGUACUUAAUGAGAAGAUGAAGGCCGUGGACGACCAGCUAAAACAAUUCAAAAGUCAGCUGCAAACAAUUGAUUCACAAAUUGCGUCUAAACAGCAACAAGUAAACGGAGCAUCGGGCAGAGUUGACCAACAAAUUUCGCACAUGGCUUCGUGCGACAAACGGUUCGCUGCCAGAACCACCUUUUGCUUCGGCUUCAUCUCCUGGACCUGCGGGCCCUCUGACGCUGAGAUAGCGGCCACGCGCAACUCCAACAGGGACACCCUGAACCAGCUGCACCAGGUGUUGCAGGGCCACAUGCAAGAGGUCAGAAACCUGAGACAGAGAGAACAGCAGGUUCAGACUAAUCUGAUGGCCAAGAAGAUGGAGCUGGUGGAUUUGGAACUGAAAGACGGUUCAAUUCCCUCUCCGGAGCACCUUGAGGAAGUGAAGUAUUGUCUGGUCAGAAUUCAGAGUGUUCUGGUCCAGAUCCUGAGGUUCUGGAACCAUGUUUCAGAGAUUCUGAAGAAGCUGGAACAGCAGACAUUUGCUGGGACUGACCUGCUGGAGGAUCUGGAAUUUUUCAAGGAGAUCUACCUGUACUCGAUCUGUGAAGCGGAGAAGGCUUGGCGGGCAUUUGGACAGUCCUGCAUGAAGUCAAAAGAAAUUUUCGACUUCCAAUCCAAGGAAGCCUACAGGUUCCUGGAGACCAACCCUGCAUCAAUGUCUGAUGCCCAGAAGCAGCAACAGAUCUUUGAAGUGAAUCACAGGCUGAAGGAGUUGUACCAAAAGCCAAUUGAAGACAGCAACAGCGUGACCUACUAG